AUGACAGUGCAAAUCUUGGGCGAGCCCAAUCAGCCUAAUGGAAACUCUCCAAAUGGCGAUGGUAUCUACGAAAAUUUCCUUGAGGUAAACAGGACCAACGGAUCCAAUUGCUCCAUCAGCAACGGCCAUUUCGAACACCAGGAAACCGAUACUUUCAAGCCCAUUGCCAUCUGUGGAAUGUCCUGCAGGCUGCCCGGGGGCAUUGAAUCCCCUCAGGAACUGUGGGAUUUUCUCAUGAGCAAAGGCGAUGCUCGCUCACGGAUCCCGGCAUCACGAUAUAAUAUCGACGCCUACUACUCACCAGUCGAUAAACCAGGGACUGUCAAGACAGAGUACGGAUACUUCCUGAAAAAUAAUCUUGGGUUGUUCGACAGCUCAUCUUUCACAAUGUCUCCCAUGGAGCUUGCUCGAUGCGAUCCUCAACAACGUUUGAUGCUGGAAGUGGCACGCGAAUGCAUUGAAGAUGCUGGGGAGACUGAAUGGAAAGGGCGCCGUAUUGGUGUCUAUGUGGGGAAUUUUGGCGAGGACUGGAAUGAGAUGAUGGAUCGCGAUGACCAGCAAUACGGAGUGUAUCGCCUUGCAGGGUCGGGCGAUUUUGCGCUUUCAAAUCGCAUCUCCUAUGAAAUGGAUUUGCAGGGACCUAGUAUGACAAUCCGAACCGCAUGCUCGUCCUCACUGGUUAGUUUGAAUGAAGCAUGUCUAGCAAUAGCACGAGGCGACUGCUCAUCUGCGAUUGUUGGAGGAACCAGCUUGAUAUUGACACCAAGUAUGACUAUCAAGCUGUCGGAGCAGGGUGUGCUAUCCGCCGAUGGGUCAUGUAAGACCUUCUCAUCCGAUGCCAAUGGAUAUGGUCGCGGGGAGGCUGUUAAUGGUCUGUAUAUCAAACCUCUGGCGGAUGCUCUAAGGGACGGAAAUCCUGUCAGAGCUGUCAUUAGAGCCACGGCCACAAACCAUGACGGAAAAACGCCUGGAAUGACAUAUCCAAGCUCGGAAGCGCAAGAAGCCUUGAUAAGGCACGCGUACAAGAUUGCGGGCAUCUCAGACUUUUCUGAAACUGCCUUUGUCGAAUGCCACGGGACUGGAACAUUGGUCGGUGACCCAGUCGAAACCAAAGCGGUUGCUAAGGUUUUUGGCAAUUCUGGAACUUAUAUUGGUUCUGUCAAGCCUAACCUAGGCCACUCUGAGGGCGCAUCUGGUCUCACCUCCGUUAUCAAGGCAGUUCUUGCACUUGAAAAUCGCACAAUUCCUCCUAACAUCAAGCUUGGUAUGCCGAAUAAAAAUAUCCCAUUCGAAUCGGCUAAAUUAACGGUUCCUGUGGAGCCAACUCCAUGGCCAACUUUAUCGAAAGAGCGGAUCUCUGUUAACUCAUUUGGUAUUGGCGGAAACAAUGCCCACGUCAUUUUGGACUCGGCGGCGAGCCAUCGUGCAUCGGCCCAGUUUGAAGAAGCCUCUGACAACCCACAGUUACUUGUAUACUCAGCAACCUCCCCCGAGUCACUGCAAAGAAGUAUAGAGAAAUAUACUACAUACCUCGGCCGCUACCCCGAGCGUAUUGAAGACCUCGCUUUCACUCUGGCCAAUCGACGCCAGCAUCAUUCACACCGAGCCUUUGUGGUGUCUAGCAGGGAGAAACCUGGAGCACCAUCCCCACUGAUGAAGCCUAUUAACUCAUCCAACGUGGUAAUGGUUUUCACGGGACAAGGCGCCCAGUGGCCACAGAUGGGGCGAGCUCUCUUGCGCUCUAACCAAGUCUUCAAAAGCACCAUCCAAGAGCUUGAUAAGCACCUGAAAGCACUCAGGGAGGAAGGGCCGAGUUGGACAAUCGAAGCCGAGUUGCGCAAACCCGCCAAGACCAGCAAAUUGGCCACCGCGGAACUAUCUCAGCCGCUUUGCACUGCUCUUCAGAUUGCUCUUGUGGACAGUCUGGCGGCCAUUGGCAUAAUUCCGAGUGCAGUUGUCGGUCAUUCGAGUGGUGAGAUUGCAGGAGCGUAUGCAUCCGGUGCCCUCACAGCCCAGGAGGCAAUUAUAGUUGCUUUCCAUCGCGGUGUGGUGGCCAAGAAGCAAUCUCGGGCUGGAGCUAUGGCAGCUAUUGGAUUGGGUUGGGCUGAUGUCAAACCCUUCUUGAUUCCUACUGUCGAUGUCGCUUGUGAAAAUUCACCCAGAAGUGUGACUCUAUCUGGUGAUGCUGAUAAGGUUGAGGAGGUUGUUGCCGCAAUUCAAAAGGCACGCCCAGAUGUUCUCGCACGUCUUCUGAAGGUUGAAAAGGCGUACCACUCGUAUCAUAUGGCCGAGGUCGGUGAUGAAUAUUACCGUCUUGUGGGACCAAAGAUGUUCGGACGCUCUGCUUCCAAGUUAUUCUUCUCUAGUGUCACAGGGGAGCUACUGGAAGAGAAUGAGAAGUUGGACGCGAAGUAUUGGCAACGGAACUUGGAGUCUCCAGUUCUAUUCUCCAGUGCAGUUUCUCGCAUUGCAGAUCAUCCUGUUGGGAAGAACGCUGUCUUCCUGGAAAUUGGGCCACAUUCAGCUUUGGCUGGUCCGGCAAUGGUACCCGACGGUAUCUGUCUUGCUGGUUUACCACAAUAUCCCUGGAAUCACCAAAAGAGCUAUUGGUUCGAAAACCGCGUCACCCAGGAGUGGCGGCAACGUCAGUAUCCUUAUCAUGACCUUCUAGGCGUGCGGUCCACCGAAAGCGCUAGUUUCCUACCUACUUGGCGCAACGUGUUUCAAAUCGACAAUGUGCCGUGGGUGCGGGAUCACAAAGUCAGUAAUGAUAUCGUCUUUCCCUUCGCCGCCUACGUAGCAAUGGCCGGAGAGGCAGUACGCCAAACCAGCGGUAUCCAAGAGGGAUUCACUGUUCGAAACGUUGAAGCCAUCAUGGCACUCAUUAUUUCCGAAGAUUCUCCUGUAGAAAUUGUGACCACAUUUCAACGCGACGAGGCUGAUAGUGACUGGUGGAAAUUCACUAUCGGCUCUCACAACGGCCAUUUUUGGACAAGACACUGUGAGGGUGAAGUUACCGCUUUACAACAUACUUUGGGCUGUUGUGAUAUUAUCGAAGAGCUUCCCCGCAAGAUUCUCACCCAGAGCUGGUAUGAUGUUCUGCGUCGUGCAGGCCUUGACUUUGGGCCUCGCUUUCAAUGUCUUGAUAACAUGCGAGCUUCAACCACCGGGGCCCCGGGCCGCUCGACUGCGACUAUCUAUAACAAAACUCAGGGUGACGAGAAAAUGUACCAUCAGCAUCCUGUUGCUAUCGAUGCCGCUUUGCAACUGAUGGUAUGUGCUGCUGCGUACGGAAUUGGCCUCAAGCACCGAAACAAUGUCGCGACGGGAGUGGGUGAGCUCAACGUUUUGCGAAGCCCGGGGAAUUCCCUUGCUGGCGUUGGAACGGGAUCAUUUACACAAAAUGGCUCCACACGCGGGAACGGGUACUGUGUGGCAGGAAAACAAGUCGUUAUACGCAUGUCAGGAGUUAAGCAUAACAUUCUGGAGGCUCCUCGGAAAGAGGAAUUGCACGCCGCGGCUCAUGUAACGUGGCAACCGCAUAUUGACUUCGUUGACGUUACAAAGUUAAUCAAGCCAUCUUUCGACAAGGCUGUGUACAUGUCAACACUCAAUGAGCUGGCACAGCUCUGCAUCCUGCACUCGUGGAUUUCUAUCUCAUCUCUGAAGCCGACGGCCCCUCACUUGCUCAAGUACCGGGCUUGGAUCGAGUCACAGGCAAACUCAACGGGGCUUUCUUCACCAACCUGGCAGACUCUGCGUAGCCGGGGCCUUCGUGAAAGAAUUGAGCGCCGGGUCGAACAUCUCUCACAAACCCCAGCUGCGCCUGCGGCCUCUGCCCUUUUCAAUGCAAACAAUAUACUGGAAGGCAUAUUUACAGGCAAAGGAGAUGCCUUGGACAUCAUAAACGAUGGCAAUACCCACGAUCAGCUCUAUGCAUUCAUCGAAACAUUUGACAUCUCUCCCCUCGUUACUAUCAUUGCUCAUACUCGUCCCAACUUACGGGUUCUUGAAUUAGGAGCCGGUAAAGGCACAUCUACAUCCAAAAUAUUGGAGGCAUUAGGAUCAUCGUUUUCCAAAUACACAUUCUCCAAUGUGUCAUCGGUCCACUUUCAAGCGGCCAAAGAGCAGUUCAAGGGCGUAUCCAAGCUGGAAUUUUCUGUUCUGGACAUUGGAAAGGAUCUGGAAGAGCAAGGGUUUGCAGACCGACAGUACGACCUUAUUAUUGCCACAAACGCGGUUCAUCUCACAGAGAGCCAUUCACGCAGCCUGGGAAACUUGCGUGCUCUGACUUCAGAGGGAGGAAGACUCUUGCUUCAGGAAUUGUGUCCUUCAACCAAGUGGAUGACCUACAUUCUUGGCCUGUCGCCCAUAUGGUGGUCGGCAGCGGCAGAUGAGCGCCCGCGUGACUUCUUGGAUGUAGGGGAAUGGGAGCAAAAGCUAGCACAGGCAGGCUUUGAUAAUGUGAAAGCAAUUCAUGAUGCAGAUGAGCCGUUCCAGCUCAGUGCAGCUUUUGUUGCCCAACCAAGGGGGUACAUGGGCCCGCCCAAAAAGGUUACCCUGCUCUGCCCAAGUAAAACAAGUUGCUCUGACUCAGUUGUUGAGGAACUUAAGAAGCGCAAUUUUGAAGUCACCUUCUGCACACUUGAUGACACUCCACCCACUGGCAACGAUAUCAUUUCACUUCUGGAUCAGGGGGCCUCUUUCUUUGAGGGUUUAUCGGCGAAUGUAUUCGCUCGUCUGAAGGACUUCAUUUGCUCUGUGAGCGAUGUUGGAAUCUUCUGGAUCAUCCCUCCUACAUCCGAAAACCCACAAUAUGCCCAGACCCUAGGUUUCGCUCGAACUAUGCGCUCCGAGUUUGGAAUUGACUUCGCCGUUUGUGAGACGGCUACUUUCGACAAUACUGCUCUUGAUGUCUUUGAGCGAUUCCAAACUCGAGCGGAGUCCACAUCUCUCCAUGCUGAUAUGGAGUAUGCCAUUCAUGAAGGAGAAGUAAGUGUUCCUCGGAUCCAUCCAUUCUCCCUUGGAGGAGACCUAGUCAGGCCAUCCGAAGAUGAUCAUCUUGCCUUGACUACAAGUAAGCCUGGCCGGCUGUCAGAUAUACAUUGGGAAUACCGCCCGGCUACUCUAUUGGGGAGUGAUGAUGUCGAGAUCGAGGUUUACUCAGUGGGAUUAAAUCACCGAGAUAUCUCUAUCGCAACCGGAUCCACAGAGGUCUCUGAUCUCGCUUUCGGACAGGAAGUAGCAGGUAUAAUCCGCCGGGUGGGUCAUGGUGUGAAGGAUCUCAAGGUUCAUGAUCGCGUCAUGGCUUUGGGACAAGGAACUCUUGCAUCUGUUAUUGUCCAAUCGGAGGCACUUUGCGUGCGGCUUUCCGAGGGUCUUACCUUCAAUGAUGCUGCCUACCUAUCGCUCGUCUACACUACUGCAAUCUAUGCCUUGAGCCAUGUCGCACGUUUGACGAAAGGCCAGUCAAUUUUGAUCCAGCGUGGGGCCACCCGCAUAGGAAUUGCUACCAUCCAGAUUGCGCAAUUCUUAGAGGCUACUGUUUUCGCAACUGCCGAUGAUGAGGAGGAAGCAGCUCACCUGGUCCAGAAUUUCCAUGUUCCGCGAAGCCAUAUAUAUCUCACAUCUGAUCCCAAAUUCCCAGAAUCAGUGUUAGAAUCGAUAAAUGCUUCAGGGGUGGACGUUGUGCUCAACUCUCUUCCUGGAGAGCUGAGCAAUGCCUCCUGGGUCUGUGUUGCAGAGUUUGGAAUUGUUAUUGAGACUGAAAAGUCGGAUAUCAACGAGAAGCGAGACAUCACUGCUGUCCGACCAAAUCGCAGCUACUCUCUUGUUGACAUGGGCCGUAUUCAAGCGAGUAAACCGGAACUCAUAAAGGAGCUGCUCACCGAUACGUUGAAGUUGCUCGCCAACGGCACGAUUCGCCUCAUUCAACCGACAAAGGUUUUCGAUGUAUCCCAUAUCCAGACCGCGUUUUCUGAGCUGCAGGGUUCUCCAGCGAGUAACGUUGUUGUUGAAUUGCGCAAAUCCGAUGGAACUGGAUUUGUUGUCGAAAAUGCUGUUAGGGGAUCCAUAACUCCUCAAUUCGACUCUUCUGCGUCUUAUCUUUUAAUUGGAGGUCUCGGUGGUCUUGGGCGAUGCGUUUCAACAUGGAUGGUGGAGCACGGUGCAAGGAACUUGAUAUUCCUGUCGCGGAGUGCGGGUAAAGGACCCGAUAAUCAAGGAUUUGUGAAUGAACUCGUCACAAUGGGCUGUGAAGUACAGCUGAUCCAGGGCAGCGUAUCAGAUCCAGAAGUUGUGGACCGCGCAAUCAAGACAGCAAUUGCUCCUCUCAAAGGCAUAUUGCAGAUGUCUAUGGUUCUACGAGAUGUUGCAUUCUCCAAGAUGAGUUGGGAAGAUUGGGAAGUGACAACAAAACCCAAGACCAUUGGAACCUGGAACUUGCACAAUGCGACACUUGCAGCAGGGAUUGCCCUGGAUUUCUUCACUUUGUUCAGUUCAAUCUCGGGAGUGAUUGGUCAGCCGGGUCAGGCCAAUUAUGCUGCAGCAAAUACCUUCCUCAAUGCAUUCUGCAACUACCGUCAACAGCAGGGUCUGGCUGCAUCAGUCAUUGACUUCGGGCCCAUUGACGGCGUUGGUGUUUUCUCUAAGAAGGAUCAUCUGCUGAGACAGCUAAAGAGUACUGGAUUCUACUGUAUUGGUGGAAAGGAAGUCCUCGACGGUUUGGUUGUGGCAACAGCUCCUCCAUCCACGAUGACCCGAUCUGCAUUCCUCCUUGGAUUCGAUUCGACACUUUCACUUGAUAGUGACAAGAACCGCCUAGUGUGGCGCAAUGAUCCACGUAUGGCGGCUUAUCAUAACCGCAAGGAUGCUGGGUCUGCAGGUGAAGCAUCUGGCAGUGAUGGGUUGAAGGGGUUCUUGGCUUCCGCGCGCGGAGACCCCAGUACCUUGGAGACACCAGAGGCAGUUGAAACACUCGCUCGCGAGAUCGGCUUGAAGGUCCUGAGUCUUCUAUCCAAGGCCGACGAAGAGGUCAACACAAACCUGGGCCUUGCAGAUCUUGGCAUGGACUCGUUGGUCGCCAUCGAGAUGCGUAUGUGGUGGAAACAGACCUUUCGGUUUGAUAUCAGUGUCUUAGAAAUGAUGGGUAAAGGGACAUUGGGCGUGCUCGCUAAACAUGCAGCAGAUGGAAUCAGAAAAAGCUUGGAGUAG